AUUGUCCGGGGGCCCCAUGAGUUGUCAGUCCACCCCUGGUAUGGAGUAAACCAAUUGCACGGAUAACCCCAUUUUAAUGGUUGAACUGGAUGGACUUUUGUCUUUUUUCCCCAAUGAUCCCCUAUUCUUCUCCCUACUUAUAAAAGCCCCCCCCUUCAGGGACGGACUGACCAUUUGGAAACUCAGGCACUGCCCGAAGGCCCGGGGUCAGUAGGGGGCCCCAUGAGAUGCCCCUGGUACCUUUCUCAUAUGCUUUUUUGAGUUUGGGCAAGGACACAGGGGCCCCAUGAUCCCCUAUUUCCCGGGGGCCCCAUGA